AAAACAUGGCCAUCAUCUUUUCACAGCCAGAAAUUAAGCUUCAAGGAGCGUGUACGUAUGGCAAGUCCAAGGGGGCAAAGCAUAAAGAGCAGACAAACAUCAGUAGGUGAUCGUCGUUCUCCCAGUGCUGAUGUGACUUCUGAGGCGAGCCCAACAAAAGUACAGAAAAGCUGGAGUUUCAAUGACAGAACUCGUUUCCGCCCUUCUCUGAGGCUAAAGAGUUCUCAACCGAAACCAGUGGCUGACAGUGAUGUUAAUCUUGGAACAGAGGAAGCACAUGAUGAGAAAGGAUGUCAUUGCGAUGUAUCCGUUGAAGAUCUAACGCCUGCUCUUAAAACUGUCAUCCGAGCGAUCAGAAUUAUGAAAUUCCAUGUAGCAAAGCGAAAGUUCAAGGAGACCCUGCGGCCAUAUGAUGUGAAAGAUGUGAUUGAGCAAUAUUCUGCUGGCCAUUUGGAUAUGUUAUGCAGAAUAAAGAGCCUCCAAACACGGGUUGACCAAAUUCUUGGAAAAGGUCAAAUAACCACUGAUAAAAAAAGCCGGGAAAAAAAAAGUGUUUCUGAAAUUGAGACCGCGGAUGACCUCAGUAUGUUGGGUCGAGUGGUUAAAGUUGAGAAGCAGGUGCAAUCCAUCGAGUCAAAAUUGGACAGCCUACUUGAUAUCUACCAACAGGUCUUAAAAAAAGGAUCUGCCUCAGCACUGACUUUGGCAUCAUUUCAGAUGCCGCUAUUUGAAUGUGAACAAACUUCAGAUUAUCAAAGUCCAAUAGACAGCAAAGAUUUGUCCAGUUCUGCACAGCAUAGUGGAUUCAUAACAAGAUCAGCUAGUGCCAACAUCCCUCGGGGGUUACAGUUUGUACUUACACCAAAUGAAUUCAGUGCACCUGCUUACUAUGGAUUUAGUCCAGCAAUGCAAAGCCAAGCAACACAGGUGACAACAAAUGUAAGUGAUGGACCUGUAACUACGGUAACAAACAGUAUAUCAAACCAAAUAAACCAGGCCUCGAAGCCAACAGCACCAACAACAUUACAAAUACCAGCUGCACCCUCAUUGAAACAUAUUAGCAGACCAGAACCAAUUCACAUAAUUCCUAUGACCACAAAAGAAGAUAUUUGUGAUGUCACCUCCUGCCUUGUUGCCUCAAAGGAAAGUGUACAGUCUGCACAAUCAGGUUUAACUAAAAAUUUUGUAAGGAGGAAAAGCCUUGAUGCAAAUAAUGGAGUACUGACUUCGGUCCCCUUCACACAUAAAGAUUUUGGCAAAUCAAUUUCUGUGCAAAAUUUGAUUCAGUCCACAGAAGAACUAAAUGCACAGCUUUCAUGCAGUGACUCAAGCGUCUCAAGAGGCAGCCAGGAACUUUAUCCACAAUGGCGGGAGUCAAAGCUUUUUAUUGCAGAUGAGGAGUUGGAAACUGAAACUUAUGAAGCUGCCUCUGAGCCUACUGUUGAAACCACUUUAUUAUCGGACUCUUUGAGGACUGGAAUAGCAGUUUCAUCUCAAAGCAUUAGCAAAACUAGGGAAGGUGCAAAAAAACCUAAGCCCUCCUCAUGUUAAACAUAAGUAA